AUGCCAGGCGAUAGUGGCACGAUCGAGAAGUUGCCAAAGGAGCUUCUACUACGGAUCUUAAGACAUCUGUAUCCUCCAGCUGCAUUCCAACCCUUUGACAUGGAGUCGAAUUGUCAGGAAGACAGCGCCUGGCAUGACAGGCUGCUAAGCGCUCAUUUCGAUAUCGUAAACUUCUCCAAGGUUCCCCGCUUGUUCCAUGCUCUAUCAGUCAGCUUGGCACAAAGCCACUCUCGAUUCAUCACCGAAGAAAAGAAAAAAGGCCUCAUACUCCAUGCAGUGAAUGAAUUCAGUCUGGCUUACGUCGAAAAGACGGGCAUGAUGCGUAAGCUGGAACGGGUCUUCCAGGGAGGAAUGCGUACGAUUACAAGCGAUAUUGUUGCGAAAGAAGCAGCGGAGCACUUCGAUCCAUUGAGUUGGCUUUAUGUCGGAUACAAUCACACACGUCGAGCAAUGCGGUGCAGGCAUAUUAUUCGACGUCCCGGAAAACUCGUGAGAGACGGUCACAUCGGGUUUGGAAAGGAUAAGUGGCUCGUGAGGUGGUUGGUGGUACUCGAGACGCCAGAGCAGCUGCCACCUCAAGUCCUUGCGGUGACGGUGUAG